CCCUUUAUUCUGUUACGUUACUAACUGGGUUUACUUUUCCAUUACGGUACACAGUGUCCUACGCGGAAUAAGAACCCACCAGGCCUUAAUUUAGAUGAACCUGUCGGGGUAGAUGUUAACUUACUGUUUAUUCCAACGGGUGGUAUUGCUAAGGCAGCUUGCACAGCUAAUUUUUCUAUUCAACAGUUUAGGUCUGAGACGGUACUUAAUUAUACAUUUACAUAAUAACUGCAGUUAUGGAUUUUAUCUUUGAUGAUGACGAGGACCUUGAUAUAGUACCACAAGUCUUUCCCAUACCACCUCCACCUUUAGAAGGAGAAGAUUUAAGUAUACCACCCAUGAAUGGAGUCCAAUAUCUACAGAGAGCUAUAGAAGAAAAAAAUAAAUGUGAAGGAGUAAUAACAGUAAAGAUGGAUUUGCCUCCACAACCCAAUCUUCAGGUUAUCCAUGUCCCAACAAAAAAAGAGUGCAGCAGAGAGCUGCUGCCAAGCAAGGAUUAUCAGCAAUCAGUCACAGCUGACUUUUCUAAAUUACGUCUUAAAAUGGAGUCCCUUCAAAAGAAGAUGGAAGAUGACAUUACCAUCAGAAAAAUAAGAAAAGCAUUGCCUGAUAAAGAAGAUGACGAUGAAUGGCUGAAAAUCUGUUCACUACAAGAGGGACCAGAUGUCGUGAGGGAAUGUGCUGUGGGGCCCUCUGCAAAAUUGUGCCUUUCUAUGUCGCAGGUAAAGAUCUGGCAUGUGCUAUCAUAUUUCCCUGACUGGAUAACUGAAGGUUCACUCAGUUUGGCAGACAGUUGUCGGUGGAUCUAUUGUUUACUAGCGUGUCUAGAGCUGCCUAUGGAGCCUGAUGUGUACUUCACCCUGCGCCAGAUUUCACGAGCUCUGAUGGAGCACAGGGCUGGACUGGAAAGCCAAGACACUGAUUCUUUGCCACACAUAAACCUCAUUAUCUGCAUCAUUGGUCGUUACUUUCGUCAAGAGGAUCUUGCAGAUCCUUACGUAUGAUCUCAAUUUAUUUUUGUAUGAUUUCUUAAGUUUAUUGUUAUUAAAUUAAUUAUAACUCUAA